UCCGCUUUUCUCCUGCCUGACUUCCGGAUUUUCGAGCCUCGACCCUGACUCCCCAAGGGAGACUAGGCUCUCGGCAAUCCCCGGAGAGGUGGAUAGAGGCGAUAAGAUACUCUAGGGGUCGCGAUCCGUAGGGUCCUCGUGGGCAUUGCAGGCGAAUUUACGCGUUUGCCAUGCCAUACUCCGUGAGGCGGAACGCCCGCGUUUCCGUGGGGGCAAACUAAGAGACUAAUCACGUGUGCACUGAUGGUAUUUAUCGGCGCCCUUCUUCGCGUGGCGAGAAUGACUUGAUCCCCCAACGCUGAAAGCCCUUUAAAAUGUUGAAUCUUCUCUCUCGCCCUAUCCGCUCUUCAACCACCACCGUCACCCUCCUAAGACGAGCAAUGGCCUCCUCAUCCACCCCCGACUUCAACAGGCCCCUCUAUACUCCUCUCGCCGAGAUCGACCCUGAGGUCCAAAACAUCAUCGACAAGGAGACAUGGCGGCAAUUCUCCGGCCUCGAGCUCAUCGCCUCUGAGAAUUUGACAAGUCGGGCAACGAUGGAGGCCAACGGCUCGAUCCUCACCAACAAGUAUUCUGAGGGUCUCCCCAACGCUCGGUACUACGGCGGCAACGAGUGGAUUGAUGAACUCGAGGUGCUCUGUCAAAAGCGGGCUCUGGAAGCCUUCCACCUCGCCCCCGCCAAGUGGGGUGUCAACGUCCAACCCUAUUCUGGCAGCACUGCAAACUUCGCAGCUUUGACAGCGCUCUUGCAGCCCCAGGACCGUCUCAUGGGUCUUGGCCUGCCUGAUGGCGGCCACUUGACACAUGGUUAUUACACUGCAAAAAAGAAGAUGACUGCGUCUUCGAUCUACUUCCAGUCAUUCCCGUACGGCCUCGAUCCUGCGACUCAGUUGAUUGACUACGAGGGUCUCAAGAAGCAGGCGCGCAUCUUCAAACCCCGUCUCAUCAUCUGCGGUGCUUCCGCAUAUCCCCGUGACUGGGACUACGCCGCGCUCCGUGCCAUCGCGGACGAGCAUGGCGCGUUCUUGAUGGCUGAUAUCGCGCACACGUCCGGUCUCGUCGCCGCUGGUGAGCUCGCGGAUCCCUUCGAGUACUGCGAUGUUGUCACAACUACCACUCACAAGACCCUCCGUGGCCCUCGCGCUGGCCUGAUCUUCUUCCGUAAGGACUCUGACAAGGCUGCCGACCUUGGGAAGCGCGUCAACGACGCCGUCUUCCCUGCCUGCCAGGGCGGCCCGCACAACAACACCAUCGCGGGUAUCGCUACUACGCUCCUGCAGGCGACUCAGCCCACAUGGAAGGCGUACGCUCAGCAGGUCAUUGCGAACGCGAAGACCCUCGGUGACGAGCUCGUCGCCCGCGGUUACAAGCUGCAGACCUCUGGCACGGAUAACCACCUCGUCCUCUGGGACCUUCGUCCUCUUGGGCUGACUGGCAGCAAGCUCGAAAAGCUCUGCGACCUGGUCGGCAUCACCAUCAACAAAAACGCCGUCUCGGGUGACGCCUCCGCCCAGGUGCCGGGCGGUAUUCGUCUCGGCACGUCCGCGCUCACAUCGCGCGACAUGAUGGAGGCGGACACCAAGGUUGUCGCAGACUUCCUGCACCGCGCCGUCCAGAUCUCGCUCGUCCUCCAGAAAGAGGCAGGCAGCAAGCUCCUCAAGGACUUCGUCCGCGUCGCAAUAAAGCCUGAGGAGGGCAAGGUCGGCUACCAGCAGGUCAAGGACCUCGGCAAGGAGGUCCGCGCCUUCGCGCGGCGCUGGCCCCUGCCCGGCGUCGACGUCUCCACGCUCAAGCGCCCCGCAGGCAUCCACGAGGACGAGUAGAUUAACGCGCCUUAGACGCUUUCCUGCCAUUGGUAGAUAUCGGUAUGAGUUUCGGACAGGAUAGAAGAUUCAACGUCACAGCCAUUGGGGCCAUCUCGUGUAUCAUUUAGGACCACGGACUUUCAACAGAGCAGGGUCCACACGGGUGCUCAACGCAUCUUAUCACGAUCUAUUGUAGUACUAGUCUAAUCCACUACUGGAUCGGCUGGCGACUCAGAAUGCCAUAAUGUAUCCCGUAUAAGCUGAAUAUAAGAGGCGUACUUAAGGCAGC